UUUCAAUACGAACCAAGUGUCAGCUCCUCCUGCUAUUCUCCACGGUGUCGAGAUGUGACGCGAAAAUGUUACCUGAAGUGACUCCGUGCUCUUGAUUUUGUGCAAACUGCCGCCGUGAAAACACUGGCACCGCUGUGGUUCACUGUGGAAGACCGCUAGGACAUCGUCCUUAGGAUGAACGCAGCAAAACCAGGAAUGAAUAUUGGAACAACGCACUGCGCGUAAUAUGAACCGCCCACUUGAUAUCACUGACACUGCAGAGGCUGAUUGAGUGAGCCGCUCGCCAGGUUCUAGUGAGAACCGCUUGUUCAGCAACGUCACAAAUAAGGCUGCAAAUUUUCGCCGGUACCUUGCAAUCGCAGUUUCUAUUAUUUGAACUUCUCUUGCUGGUUUUCACAUCUUCGGUGCUCCUUACUGGACAUCAUCACUGCCAUGACUGUGUUAUGGCAAAACUCCGACUUUGACUCCUGUUUCUAUGGGACGUGCCUUUGGGUGAGUGUGCGAGCGCUGACUGUGCUUAUUUCUCGCUCGUGAUCUUCCUACCUAGUGUGCCCUUUACAACAAGUGUGUAGGGAAGCCAACUAGGCGUGACUCUGGUUGACCCCUUGUCGUUCGUUUUGAUUUCUGUCUCUCAUUGCUAACGCCGCCCAUGCGGUAAACCGAGAUGCGGACUAACGCGCUUGUGCCAGGUCGUUUUCUGACGCUUUCUGCUCACGUGGUGCUUCUGGUGACUCUGCUCUGGGUCUACGACGAGAACGUUCGGGCCUGUCUGCCACGCGACUUCAGCGAGGCGCAGUACGCUGCCAAGAGCACCGAGAUAAUCGUGGGACUCUCGCUGGGCCUGGUCUUGGCUGCAUUCGAGCUGGUCGGCUUCCUGACCGGCGUCUCCAUGUUCUUCGCGUCGCAGGCGCUCAUCUCGACGGCAGCUCACUGCGCGGCCACCGUCGCACUCGCCUACUUCGUCGUGGACCUCUGGAACUGCUCCGCGUACUGGUGGAUAUUCGUGUUCUGCAGCGUGCUGCCGGCCUUUGCCGAGCUCUGUGUGGUCAUCGGAGUCGUGUGCCUCAAGAAGGUUCCCUGAAACGGGUGUCCGUCUCCCUCGUGAAUGCGUGGCUACGUGCUUUCUUUGUUUUUGCGCCUAAGUGGUGGUAGCGAGUGCGCCGAGAUGUCUCCCUGUUUCCUCCGCGACCUUUUCUCUUUUCUCUCUCUUUCUCUUUUCUGCUGACUGGUACGUGCUUCGUGUGACAGGUUUUCACGUAUGUCACUUAGCACGAAGUCAUGAAGGAGGACAUGUUGUUCGGUUACUAUAUAUAUAGAUUCAUCUGUGUUCCGGCAAGCAGAGUGUGCAUAUACAGGGCCCUCCAUGACCUCCAGAAAAAGGCUCAUGGCCCCAUUGGGAGUCAUGAUAAACAAUUUUAUGAGCACUGGGUCAGUUAGGGCUCGCUAAAGGACAUGGUGUAGCCCAACGACACAACCAUAAUGAAAAACACUUGUGACGUGCGUCUAUGCUUCUUUCAUUUUAGUUCUGCCUUUGUGCUACGUUAUGUCCUUUAGCGUGAAGUAAGAUGGCUCGCUACUUAUAUAUCAUGUGACAAGCACAAAUACUUUUAUCAGGCAACCACUCAAGCGAGUCGAAUUAGUUUUAUUGAAGUAAACGCAAAAAAUAAAGAAAUUUUGUCUGUAUUAGAAUAAGAUUUUUUCUGAGCGCUUGUAUAUUUUUACUUUAUUUAUUUGACACUGUCAACCCUGUUCUUGUGGUCAUUACAUUACCUGUGCUAAAGCUCACCUUUCGCUGCAUUAUUUCAUCAGUGUGCAUGCCUCAUCUAUUCACCUGUUUACAUUCUAAUAGUACACUGCAUCGCAGCCUCGUAUGUGUUGCAGGCGCCUACGAGGCAAGGACGAAUGAAAGAUCAAGACACACGUAGCGCAUACUUUCAAAUGAUUUCUGUCAACCUUGUGUCUAAGGCGCAUUUACACGCCUGAAAUGCUGGACCAACUCGCUCAACUAGGCGUGUUGACCAACCUCGUAUGUGUGUUUGUGAGUGCGAAUGUGUACGCCCUCAGUGUGGGGCUACUUGCCUUCGCUUUUUAUAUCUAUAUGUUCGUGUGUGUAUAUGACUAUGUGCCGUGGAUAUUUGGCCCUGCAGUACGUUCCUUUUCUUACUACGCAUAUGGCAUAUGUAUAUUAUAUUGUUGUUUCUACAAUGCGAAAAGUAGUAGGCCUCACAAUUAUAGGGUAAAUACAUCUAUUUCUUUUAUUUUCACGUCAAUAAAAAAUUGUUUUUCGUUUUUUUUACGACAGUUUCCGAAAGUCGAGCCUCUUUAGGGGCCUGAAAAUCAUUUUGCAGCUCUACAACCCGGCAAUAAUAUCAAGUCAAUAUCAAUAAUUUUGCCAUGGCGCAAUCAAUCGGUUUACUUCUUUCUGCUUUACUUCUAGAAUUGUUAUAUACCUCAAAAUUUUUCUUUAUAUAAAUAAACAGAAAAACUGAAAAAAGCAAGGUUAUCAGAUUGGAUGUGUUAAAAUGUUGCACAUACAUAUUCUUAUUUUCCCAGCACCACGAUUCGUUUCCGGCAGAGGAAUUCUCUGCCGAAGAAAAUGUUUUCGAGGCUCGAUACCUACCUCCACUGCAAACAACCAGAAAGCCCGUUUAAGUCCAACAACAACACUCUGAUGAAGGAUUCGUUCAGCAUCGUGUAGCAAAACAUUUUUAUUAAACACAAUUUUCAGAAGUGACUAGCGCCAUCAACUAUUUACAAACGCUGGCAAGGCUUUACGUACUGACGUAAUGAUUUGGUUCAUCAUUGUCUGCGCCAAGGUCCAUAAGACAAGAGCCCUUGCUUGUGAGGAAGUGACAUAAUCAGGACUCAAAAAAAAAAGAAA